UCUACCAGGAAGUACUUCAGAGAGAAGGCUUCAGAGAGAACUUCCAGAGAACUUCAUGCUAACAUCUGCUGACUAGCUUUAUGGAGAUGAUGAUUUCCUUUUCCAGCAAGACUUGGCGUCUCCCCACAGUGCCAAAACUGCUAGUAACUGGUUUGCUUACCAUGGUACUACUGUGCUUGAUUGGCCAGACAACUUGUCUGACCUGAACCCCAUGAUGAAUCUAUGGGGUAUUGUCAAGAGGGAAAUGAAAGAGAGCAGACCCAAUAAUACAGACAACCUCCUAGGGCUUAGCGGUCACAUACGUGGACAGCACUUUUUAACUCUUAUGUUGAAUUGGGGAUGUUAUGGACACGUAUGGGGGUACUUACACUGUCAUCUGGUGGUGUCAUAAGUUUCUAACACACUACGGUCAAAAUUCAAAAUGGCGGCAAGCACAAGGGAAGAUUCAAGUGGUAGCUCCAUCCCAGACCGUUUUUCUGUGGAAAGAGCAUUGGAGCUACUUGGGUUAAUUGAUGGAGACAACUCAGAUUUGGACAUGUCUGACAACGAUGAUCCCAUCCUGGAUGGCAAUUACCAACCAUCACCACAGGAGGAAAGCAGCAGUGAGAAUGAGGGUGACAGUAGUGAUGAUGAGGACCCCAUUCCUGAGCCCACUGACCACAGCAAAGGACGCAAAUGUCUCCGUGGUGCAGGUUCAUGGACAGGGACAGAGACAGGUACAGGCACAGGUUCAUCCCGCACUCUCAGACGUCCCCAUCAAACUCAAGAGAUUGAGGCUGAUAGCUCAGAAGAUGACUUGGAAGAGCCAACACCAAGACCAAGCCAAACAAAAAAUAAGAAAAAGGGAGACUCUGAACAAGGACGUGGAAUAUGCUGGAAGGCUACUCCAUUGACGCCAAACCUGGCAGAGUAUCAGCAUCAGGACAAAACUGAUCUAGACAGACAUGGCUGGACCCCACUACACUAUUUUGAACAGUACAUAGAUAUAGAUUUGAUGACGAUUAUUGCAGAAUGCUCUAAUAUUAUGUCACUGUCUAAGAGUGGGGAGCCACUUAAUAUGACGGUAGAUGAGGUUUACCACUUUUUUUGGUGCCUGUAUUUUGAUGUCCUGCAUCCGAUACCCAACCAUUAGGAUGUACUGGUCCAAAGCCUUGAAAAUCACUGCCAUCACUGACAAAUUCACACGUGCCAGAUUCUUCAAACUGAGGGGGGCAAUAAAAGUGGUUGUUGAUCAUGAUGUGCCAGAAGACCUGAGAAUGUCGGACAAAUUCUGGAAGGUGAGGCC